CUUGUUUCAUUUCCUCAAAAAAAUCUAGUAACGAUACAACUUUAUUCCCAAUUGUUUAAAGCGACUGUUCUCUGUGACUUGAGUGCUUUAUUCUGGUCUUACCAAGCUAUGUCGACUGCGGAAUCAGCAUGCACCAAGGCGCUGGCAACAAUAGCAAUAAACACUCUAGAGCUGGCGCACAACGUACACGCACGAUUGCUUGUUAAACAUAUUGUCCAGGCCAAACUGCUUGCAGGAAAUACGACCCAUACAUCCAGCAUCUGCCCAGAGCUAGAAUCAGAGGCUGCCAAGCUUUUACAAAAUUGCAGAGCAACUAUCAGCAUCAGCGAUAAUGCCACAGGGCAUGUGCACAGUCUAGAGUUUAGUCGCGUUAGGAUUACAGGGACCGUGGUUCUUCGGCAAAGCACAGAUAUAGAAGGAACUUUUCUUGACAUGGUGUAUAUUGAUGACGGCACUGGUGUCGUCCCAUUUACUUUAAACCUGCUACCAAACGAUGUUCAUGUUUCUGAAGAUCUCCUGGCUACCGAAAGAGUGAUGCACCAGCGUUUGCUGUUGAUAAACAAGUCCGCGCAAACCCAGCUUAUCGGUCAAACUGUAGAGGUCUUGGGGUGUCUUCGUUUUCUCCCCAACAGCACACACUUGAACCAACCCUGUAUUUGGGUUGAGUGCAACCAACUGAACGUUAAAAGCGACCCAAUGUCUGAAACGCUUGCAAUAAUGGAGACACUGGAUGUUUACAGGCAUUACUUCCCCCAGCACCCCGCAUUUACUGAUGUAGUGAGCUGCUUGCAUUAGCAAUUAAAGAACAACGAAAGAUACAGCGCAAAACCUUGUUGCCAUAAUAUGGCGAUGCAACCAUCACCCACCCGACCUGUAAACAAACGCACAUGGGGAAUGGAUAAUGGAGUUACUGACACACAUACAAAUAGUUGCACCCAAACCAAAAUACAUGUGCGAGUGCAAUUGAGCUAGAUGCUAUUGAUGAAAUUGAUGACAACCAGAUUAUAUGCCUACUGGGUAGUUGAACAUUUGAUAUAUUAAAUAAAACAUUUAUAUUUGCAAUAUAAUAUGGUAUAUAUAACAAAUAAUAAAAUAUUACGAAAGCACAGCUAGUUUUAAAAUAAUGUGAGCUUGCAG